AUGACCCUACUUUUAUUAUCGUGUAGUAUCUACAUUCUUUUAUUAUUUCAACAACAUAUUACAAGUGCAUGUCCGCCUGUUUGCUCAUGUCAUGGACCCAAUGUUGACUGUAGCAAUCGAGGUUUACAAACUAUACCAUCUGGAAUACCACGCAACGUUUUUAAACUAGAAUUACAAUUCAAUAAUCUAUCAAUUAUCCGAAAAGAUGAUUUUAAAGUACUUCGUCAACUACGCAUUUUAAAUCUUCAAGACAAUCAAAUCCAUACAAUCGAUACUGAUGCAUUUCGAGAUUUAACAUCAUUAGAAAAAUUACGUCUUAACGGCAAUAAACUAAAUCACCUUGCUGAUGGCACAUUUGGAUCCCUUAAACAACUCCAACGAUUGGAUCUUAGUUCUAAUCGAUUACGAGCUAUCAAAAAAGGAACGUUACAAGGUCUUCAAGAAAUUGAUAACUUACAAUUGGAUCACAACGAAAUUAGUUGUAUUGAAGCAGAAGCUAUUAAUGGACUUAAUCGAUUGGAGAUUAUUACUUUGAAUUUCAACAAUCUAACAACAUUGCCUAUAUUAUCGCUUGCACGACUUAUCGAUUUGAGGGUUUUACGACUUCAUGAUAAUCAGUUUGUAUGUGAUUGUCGUCUACUUUGGCUUGCUAAAUAUCUUAAAUUACAUCCAUUUCUUGGUCUCAAUGCUCGAUGUCGAGAUUCUAAUACACUUAAUUCUAAAGAUAUAACAUCAUUAAUCGAUGAUGAAAAACAAUGUAAUAGUAUGGAUGUUGAUGAUAUCGAUUAUACAUGUAAUGUACCUAUAUGUCCGUAUCCCUGCACAUGUUUUAAUGGUGUUGUCGAUUGUAAAGAUAAAGAUCUAACUGAAAUCCCUCGAAAUAUACCAGAUACAACAAUUGAAUUACGUUUGGAAAAAAAUCGUAUUAUAGAAAUUCCACCAAAAAUAUUUCUUCAUUUAAAAAAACUCCGACGUUUGGAUAUAAGUAAUAAUUUAAUAGCGACAAUUUAUCCCGAUUCAUUUGCCGGUCUUAAAUCAUUGAAUUCACUUAUACUCUCAAACAAUCAGCUUGUGCAUUUACCAUUUGGUAUAUUUCAUCACGAAUUUACGCAUCUUCAACUCUUAUUACUUAAUGCAAAUAAAAUAGUAUGUGUACGUGGAGACACAUUUCGUGGAUUAGAAAAAUUAAGUUUAUUAUCAUUGUAUGAUAAUCAACUUAAGACAUUAGCUAAUGAUACAUUUUCACCAUUGAAAAGUAUUCAAACAUUACAUUUGGCUCGAAAUCCAUUUAUAUGCGACUGUCAUCUUCGUUGGUUAAAUGCAUAUUUACGUGAGAAACAAAUCGAAACAAGUGGCGUUCGAUGUGCCGGACCGCGACGUAUGGCAAAACGAAAAUUUGGUGUUUUAAAUGAUCGAAGAUUCCGUUGUCGAAAUCGAAUGGAAUAUGAGCAAACAACAUAUAGUGCUCAGUGUGGUGUACAAUGUCCUAAAGGUUGUACAUGUGAUGGAACAACUGUUAUUUGUCGUGGUUUACAAUUACAAGAAAUACCUAAUGAUAUACCACCGUUUACUACUAUUCUUCAUCUACAAGACAAUCUAAUUAAACGAGUUCCACGUGAUGGUAGUUUUCGACGUUUACGAAGUCUUCGUACUCUUGAUUUACGAAAUAAUCGAUUGGAAGAAAUUGAUGACGAUGCAUUCGAUGGCGCUGAUUCAUUAAAUGAAUUAUUUUUAAAUGAUAAUAAUUUAAAUGUAAUAACAUCACAAACAUUCAAUGGUUUGAAAAACAUUCGUACGUUAAUGUUACGUACGAAUAAAUUAACUUAUAUUAAAAAUGAUACUUUUUUUGAUAUGGAUACACUUAAAACAUUAUCAUUACAUGAUAAUCGGAUAAAAUGUAUUGCACCGGGUUCAUUUGAUCGAUUGCGAUCAUUAUCAGCUUUAGAUCUAUUAUCGAAUCCAUUUGUAUGUAAUUGUCAUAUGAAAUGGUUAAAAAUUUGGUUAAAACAAAGUAAAAUUGUAACUGGUUUUCCAAAAUGUAUGUCACCAACAAAACUACGCAAUAUUCCUAUUGUUAAUUUAACUGAUAAUGAUUUUGUGUGUAGUCCUACUGAAGUCGAUGUAUGUGAUGUUUCAUAUCCGAAUCAUUGUCCACAAAAUUGUUCAUGUUACAAUCAUGUUGUUCGUUGUUCUCAUGCACAACUAAAAAAUAUACCAUAUGAACAAAUGCCAAUUGAUACUGAAGAAUUAUAUUUAGAUGCAAAUGAAAUUCAAGAAAUACCAGUAGAAUUAACAAAUCGUCUUAUUUAUCUUAUAAGAAUUGAUUUAAGUUAUAAUAAAUUACGUGUUAUACCAGCAAAUAUAUUUUCAAAUUUAACUCGACUUGAAACAUUGAUUUUAUCAUACAAUAAAAUUCGUUGUUUAGAAUCAUCAUCAUUUAAAGGAUUGAAAAAUCUACGAAUUUUGUCAUUGCAUGGAAAUGAAAUUUCAACAAUUCCUGAAGGUUCAUUUAAUGAUCUAACAGCUUUAUCACAUGUUGCACUUGGUGGUAAUCCACUUUAUUGUGAUUGUCAUCUUGGAUGGUUAUCAUCAUGGAUUAAAACCGAUUAUGUUGAACCUGGUAUUGCUCGCUGUGCUGGACCACCUCAAAUGGCCAACAAACUUCUUCUUACAUCACCAAUAUUUUUCUUUCAAUGCAAUAAUGAAAGUGAAUCAAAACGUUAUCGAGAAAAAUGUGAUCCAUGUUUAAAUGGUGAAAAUCAUUGUUCAAAUAAUGGUUCAUGUCGUGCAUUAUCUACGGAAAAAUUUACAUGUGAUUGUUUAUCAGCCUAUCAUGGAAAAUAUUGUGAGAAAUUGAUUGAUGUUUGUUUCGAUAAUCCAUGUAAAUCAAAUGGAACAUGUCAAGCACUUGCUGAUGGUCGUUUUAAAUGUUAUUGUUCACCUGGUUUUACGGGAAAUCGAUGUGAGAUGAAUCUUGAUGAUUGUAUUUCUCAUCGUUGUCAAAAUAACGGUACAUGUAUUGAUAAAAUAAAUGAUUAUUCAUGUAAUUGUUUACCAUUCUAUACUGGAAAAUAUUGUGAAAUAAAAUUCAAUUGGUGUGAAGGAGAUUUAAAUCCAUGUAAAAAUAAAGGACGAUGUUUAAAAACAAUUAAUAGUUAUAAAUGUGAAUGUUCAUUAGGUUGGGGAGGUUCAAAUUGUACAGACAAUGUAAAUGAUUGUUCAAAUCAUGCAUGUCAAUUUGGUGUAUGUGUUGAUGGUUUAAAUGGUUAUACUUGUAAAUGUGAUAUUGGAUUUAGCGGACAAUAUUGUGAAAUCGCUCCACAAUUAGAAUCACCAUUUAUAAGUAAUACAAGUCGAACAACACCAACAAGAUGUACAACUGAUAUUUGUUCAAAUAAUGGUAUUUGUUAUGAAGAAUCUUUAAAUAAUUUACGUUGCCGAUGUUAUCCGGGUUUCAUUGGUGAUCGUUGUGUUAUGUUAAAAAGUAUACAUUCAAUAACAAAUGAUUCGUAUAUGAAAUUACCUAAACCAAAUGUUUAUCCACGUUCAAAUAUUACAAUUGUAUUUAGUACAACACAUAGUAGUGGAAUAUUAGUCUAUUUUGGACAUUUGGGACAUAUGGUUGCAGAAAUUUUUAUGGGAAGAAUACGUGUUAGUUAUGAUGUAGGAAAUUCACCGGGUUCAGUUAUGUUUAGUUAUGAUACAGUCAAUGAUGGAAAACUUCAUGAAUUACAACUGAUUAGUGUUGGACAAAAUUUUAGUUUAACUGUUGAUCGAGGUUAUACACGACAUAUAAAUAAUCGAGGUCAAAGAGCUUAUUUGAAUACAAGUGAAAUACGUGCAUUGUAUAUUGCUGGUAUUCCACAUGAUUUAACAGCGCGAGCUUUACAACUAUGGCAUAUUCGAGAAGCAACAUCAUUUCAAGGUUGUAUUCAUGCACUUUAUAUUAAUGAUGAUCCAAUAAAUUUUGCUAAUGUUGAUUAUCGUCAUAAAAUUUUACCUGGUUGUGAAACUAAUGAGUACGAUCAAUCAUCAUGCACAACAGCAACAUGUCAACAUGGUCAAUGUCGUCUUGACAAUUUCAAUUAUAAAUGUAUAUGUCAUGAAGGAUAUACAGGAUCUGCUUGUAGUCAACCUAUAACAACAUCAAUUGCAUUACCAUUAGUACAUUCAUGUGGUUUGAGUAUUGAAACAGGAUAUUAUAUUGAUCCAUUAACAAAAUGUACAAGUAAUAGACGAUUACGUAUGACAAAAUGUACAGGUUUAUGUUCAUCAUUAAAUAAUACUACUCAAUCAUCAUGUUGUAAACCAAUUGAAGCAAAACGUCGAUUUUUUCGUAUGACAUGUGCAAGUGGUUUUACAUACAGACAGUCACUUGACUUUUUUAAACAAUGUACUUGUUCGAAUACUGUAUGUUAA